UGACGUCAUAAUAUUCUUUCUAUGACGACAUACGUUGCAGGAAUGGAAUCGGUGUGUUUUGGGAAGUGUUAGCUGGAUGUUCGAAUCUGCUACUUGUUAACGCUUCGUUUGCCUUAAAUAAAUGAUUUUUCGUGGUUACAGCGUUUCUUGAAUAAGUUCAAGAGAAAUUAUCGUUUCCAUUUUUGUUUCUAGGAAGUUGUUUACAGUUUGUUCCAGGAAGUGUUUACAUAUUUCAGUUUAAGAAAUGGCAGGUUCGGCACUCCGAAGGUUAAUGGCUGAAUACAAGCAGUUAACUCUCAAUCCUCCCGAAGGAAUUAUCGCAGGGCCCAUUAACGAAGAGAAUUUUUUUGAAUGGGAAGCACUCAUAACCGGUCCAGAAGGGACCUGCUUCGAAGGUGGCGUGUUUCCAGCAAAAUUAACGUUCCCACCCGAUUAUCCUCUCAGUCCCCCGAAGAUGCAGUUCACGUGCGAGAUGUUCCAUCCAAACAUUUAUCCGGACGGUCGAGUGUGCAUCUCCAUCCUUCACGCUCCGGGAGACGAUCCGAUGGGUUACGAAUCGUCCGCGGAAAGAUGGAGCCCCGUCCAGAGCGUGGAGAAGAUCCUCCUUUCGGUCGUUUCCAUGCUGGCUGAGCCGAACGACGAGAGCGGAGCCAAUGUGGACGCCGCAAAAAUGUGGCGGGAGGACAGAGAACAGUUCAACAAGAUCGCCGACCGCUUGGUCAGGAAAUCGUUGGGUCUACCCGCUUAAAAAUCUUGCGGGUCGAUAAUUCUUUUUGUGGUGUGUGCGCGUGUGUGUUUUUUUUUUGACAGAAGAACUGAAUUAUAAAUUUGUAAAUGGGUCAGGGAUAAAUUUAGAAAUUAAAUAAUAAUAUGCAUUAUUUUUGAGUAGAUUAUUCUAAGUGCAGAAGGGUUCUCCCCUCUAAAGAACUUUAAUGUAAUACUAAGAUAAUCUCUCAUUAUAUAUUUUACUAUUAUUCACAAAAUUUUAAAUUAUAUACUGUAAAAUACAUAUAUAAACAAGAAAAUUUUAUAUCUUGUAAAAUUAAAAGCAAUUUUUUCUACUUAGAGAGGACUUAAACUUUAUUUAUUAAGAAAGAAAAAAAAAAACUAUAUUCUGAAUCCUGCUUACUUAGUCUACAUAAUAUCUGGAAGUAUUCAUUGUAAAAUUUACGGUUAAUAAAACAGAAAAAAAAAA